AUGGCUCGGCAAAUAAAAAGGAAGAAAUAUCUACAAAUUCCGAUCCCGAAUAAAGAUUGUGAGUUUUUUUUCUGCCUCCAACUUUAAAAAAAAAUUUUAUUUUCAGAUUUUGUGCCGCGAAUUAUAAUCAAAAAAAAGAACCCAAUGGUAAGUUGACGGAAAAUUGCUGCGCACGCAAUUUUCCCGGGUUUUUUUCCAAGCGAAAUCUAUUGAUAUUUAGGCACAAGUUCCUAUUGUGUUGGAACCAAUGAAAUAUGGAGAACAUCGACUUUGUAAAAAUAAAAUAGCUAACAAUCAAUUUCAUUAUGAGUGUGAACCUACAAUGAAACCAAACGAUUAUCCAAAAUGUGUAUAUUGUGAUAAAAGAAAAAUGUUGAUCAAAAUGACAAAUGUCACAAGAAAUCCGAAAGAAUUGAAGAAAUGGAUUGAUAUUCUUGGCGAACGUUUUGGUAGAAGAAUAAGACGGAAUCCUAUAAGCUAUAUUUGUUUGUCACAUUUCAAACUUGCACCUGGAGCAACGAGUAGACGAAUUGGACAACGUCCGCUGCCGAAUUGUGAGUUUCGAAAUUAUUUAUAAUUUUGCUUUUACAAAAAUCUCAUUUUCAGCCAUCACUGAUUCCGACGAGGAUGAAAUCCCCAGAAGGAAGGUGGGGAGACCUUGGAAGACAACUAAUGACACAGCUGCUGAAAAGGAACAAGAAGUAGUAGAUGUAAGAUUUUGAAAAAAUGUAUUUGUAGGCUCAAAAGGGAUUCACUUCAUAAAAAUGAAGUUGAACGUGAAUUUCAGAAGAAAAAAUGUGUCCGAACUAAGUAUUUUGGUGGCCGAGAAAUGUCGGGAAUUCGGCCAAUGCAACAAAUGUGCUCCAACCACGCUAUGCCAGCCGAUACAAAAAUUAAAUUUCUGGGAGACGCAGACUUUUAACACAGGCAGAGACAUCUCUCGCCUUUCCUUCCCCUCGGGCGAUACAGUGUGCUGUUGGCAGACACAGCAGACAAGCAGACACACACACAAAACAUAGCGCAUGGCCGCGCCGCUUUUCGACUGUCGCUGCGUUUAUAGACCACAUCGGCGUCGCCCUUUGAUGUGUUGAGGUCUCGCAGCGACUUUCUAACCGAAAAUGAAUGUCUGCGUCUCCUCGAAUUCGUGUGGUGGCACGACGUGCAACGAUAAGGAUUUUUGCCACAUUUGAGCGCAUUUGUUGCUUUGGCCGAAUUCCCGACAUUUCUCGGCCCCAUAUCUUUAAUUUGUUUAAAAAAAAUUUGUGAACUAAAUGCAGUUUAAGUUUCAUUCAUCAGCUUUUGAAUAUUUCAAAAAGUGCUCAUAAUCUCAAGAUUCCUCAGAUAAAAUAUAAUUUUCAGAAUCAACCAUCUACUAGUCAACAACAAAUGCAUAAUUGUUAGUUUUUCCCCCAAUUUUUAUUUCAAAAAUCCCCUUUUUUCAGCUUUGACAGAACUCAAUGACAGUUUCAUAGAUCCAAACAUUCCUUCAACUUCAAACAAUCCGAAUUCGAUUUUCGCUCCGAAUUCGAUUUUCCUCGCCGACCCUAACAUCGUAUAUAAUUUAUUAUUAAAUCAAUUAGUUUUAAAUCAAAUCAUCUUGCAAAAUCAGGCACAGUUUCUGCAGAAUGUCUCUGUUCCCAGAUUUGUGAUAAGUCCAGAAAACAGUCAGGUAAAAAUGAAAUUUGACAAAAAAAUCCAAUCGAAAAUAAUCAGAUCAACAUUCCUUCUCAAAGUUUUCUUCCGCGUUCUCAUUUUUCUAUGCCAAAUAUUUUUCCGCAACCACUUUUUCCUCUUCCAACCAACACUUCAAGUAUGCCAAGUAUGUUGUGAAAUUAAUUUGGGGGAUUUGAGUAAAAAUAAUGAAAAUUUCAGCGUUUAACAAUUUAUUGUCACCAUCCACAACACUUGGGAAUUUCGGAAAUCUGAAUAUUCCAACAGCUUCAAACUCUUCUGUAGAACAUUCGCCAAGAAGUGUCGAAAGAGAACAAAAACGGAUGAAUUUUGAUGGAAUAGCUGAUGAAUUAUCGACUAAACGAAGUAGGGAAGAUUGUCAGAACCAGCCACAAAAUACUAUUUCUGCACAGCGUUUGCCUGCUCCAUCUCAGGUUAGUUUUUGGAUAAAUUUUUCCAGUGAAAAAGUUGGAAAAAAGUUUUUGAGCCUGAAUUUUUCCCAUAAAUCAAAAAGUUCUCUUUGAAUUUUGAAAAUUUCGAUCUAGAGAUUAACAUUAGCAAUGCUAUAAAAUUAUAGUAUUAAUAUGAGCAAUGCGUUGUUUUUAUUCAAAAAUUUAGAAUUUAAAAAUCAGUAGAGUUUAACAUGAGCAAUAACAAAUCAUUUUCAAAAAAAAAUCAAUAAUUUUCAGGACAGCGCUGCUUCGACUUCCACAUCUGGCAAUCGUCAAAAAUCAUCAGGAUGGUUUGGAAGAUUCAUGGGAUGUGUGAGAAAGCAAGAAACCGAAGAUGUUUAUGAAAUUGCAUCGAAUAGAAAUAACACAGCUGCUGAAAAGGAAGAAGAACAAGAAGAAGUAGAUGUAAGAUUUUGAAAAAAAUGUAUUCUAAAUGUUUCAUGUGAUAUUAAAAAAUAAAAGAUAAAUCUGAGAGGACAGAUUUAUCUUUUAUUUUUUCUGAAAAUCUAUGUUCAACUUCAAUUUUUUGUGAACUAGAUGCAUUUUUAGUUUCAAUCAUCAGAAUUUGAAUAUUUUAAAAGUCUCAUAAUCUCUACAGGGUGACAACAAAUUAUAGCGACAAAAGUAUAUGCUGAUCUGACAGUAAUUCACGCAGAAAUUUUUUAUGAUUUCAUUGCUCAAAUUUUCUCAAAAACCAUCAUUUUAAAGUUCCUAAUUAGUAAACUGACUUGUUUUUGAUUAUGAACACAACAAAUUUCACAAAGUUGGAAAACGAUGGUUUUCAAAAUUUAGCUUUGCGAGGUCAUUCAGAAAACCAAAAUUAAAACAGAAAUUCCUCUGAUGUUCUAUAUUCAGACCAACAUUCCAUCCACGUCAAACUCAAAUGUCCAGAAUGUUCAGAAAAAUAGAACAAAGAAAGAAUCGAGAGCAUUUUCUUGUGCAUAUUGUCAGAAACGAACAUUUUCCAAAGAAAUGAAAUGUGUCACAGCAAACGAAAGUGAAUUGAAGAAAUGGAUUGAUAUUCUUGGAAAUACUUUUGAAGCGAAUGUCGCACGAAGGCGUUCUUUACCUAUGAUUUGUUUGUCACAUUUUGAUAUUCCACCUGGAUCGACGCGACCACAAAGAGGACAACUUCCGGUGGCAAAUUGUGAGUUGAUUCUAAUCAUUUCUACAAUCAAAAUUCCAUUUUCAGACAACGCAGAUUCCAAAAAUGAUGAUAGUAUUCCACUAAAAAAGAAGGGAAGAAAAUUCAAGAGAAUACGUGGUCGGAAGUCGGCAAAAAAGGUCAGCAUUUUGAAAAACCUAUUUAGAAAUCUCGAAAAAUUUCAGGUUCUGAAAACAUUUUAUGAAUUUUCCAGAACGAUACUAGUCAGGAAGUUCAACAGAAUGAAACUAUCGCUGAAAAUAAUGAUAAUGAAGAUGUUCAGGUUUGUUUUUGUCACAAGUUUGAAAAAAUCCCGGAGAUUUUCCGAUUUUUCAAACCGGCUUCCAGCCACCUAUCUGUUAGAGCAAAAUAAAUCAAUAUUUUUUUAGAGAAACAUUCCAACGACUUCAAAUUCUAGAAAUGAGGAACCAUUAUUUGGAUGGUUAGAAAGAGAUAUAGAAAAUGCAAUACUUGCGAGAAGUGCUGAUGAUAACAUGCCAUCCACUUCAAAUUCUUCAAAUCAACAAAAUUUUAGAAAAGAUGAUGAUGAAGAAGAAGAAGAAGAAUCUGAAUUUUAA